AAUCUGAUUGGCUGAGAGGAUUCCAUCACUUCCUCGGUGUACCGGAAAUGGGUCACUGGAAAUCGAAGUGACGGCUAGCUUUACCGCCGCGCGAGAGGGAGAAUGGAUGCGUUAAAUAAACUUAAACAAUUUGACGCUUAUCCGAAAACUCUAGAGGACUUCAGGAUCAAAACAUGCGGGGGAGCCACGGUCACCAUCAUUAGUGGACUUAUCAUGCUGAUUCUGUUCUUCUCUGAGCUACAGUAUUAUCUAACUAAAGAGGUGCAUCCUGAACUGUUUGUAGACACUUCCAGAGGAGACAAACUAAGAAUCAACAUCGACGUAAUAUUUCCACACAUGCCUUGUGCCUAUUUGAGCAUUGAUGCCAUGGAUGUAGCGGGAGAACAGCAACUAGAUGUGGAGCAUAACUUGUUUAAACAGAGACUCGACAAAGAUGGCCAGCCAGUCACAGCAGAGGCUGAAAAACACGAUUUGGGGAAAGAUGAGGAAGGGGUGUUUGACCCCAGCAAGCUGGAUCCAGACCGCUGCGAGAGCUGUUACGGAGCUGAGACUGAUGAUUUAAAGUGCUGUAAUACCUGUGAUGACGUUCGGGAGGCGUACCGGCGGCGUGGAUGGGCGUUUAAGACCCCUGACACCAUUGAGCAGUGUAAGAGAGAGGGCUUCAGCCAGAAGAUGCAGGAACAGAAGAAUGAAGGAUGUCAAGUCUAUGGCUUUUUGGAGGUCAAUAAGGUGGCAGGAAAUUUCCAUUUUGCCCCUGGAAAGAGCUUCCAGCAGUCUCAUGUACAUGUGCAUGCUGUGGAAAUUCAUGAUCUGCAGAGCUUCGGACUAGACAAUAUCAACAUGACACAUUUCAUCAAACAUCUUUCAUUCGGCAAAGACUAUCCAGGAAUUAUCAAUCCCUUAGAUGGUACUAAUGUAGCAGCACCUCAAGCAUCAAUGAUGUACCAGUAUUUUGUGAAAAUUGUGCCAACGAUAUAUGUUAAAGGAGAUGGAGAGGUUGUUAAAACAAACCAGUUUUCAGUAACGAGACAUGAGAAAGUGGCCAACGGGCUGAUUGGAGAUCAGGGUUUGCCUGGUGUGUUUGUGCUUUAUGAACUGUCUCCGAUGAUGGUCAAAUUCACAGAGAAGCAGAGGUCUUUCACCCAUUUCCUAACAGGAGUUUGUGCUAUUAUAGGAGGUGUUUUCACAGUUGCUGGACUCAUCGAUUCUUUGAUAUACCACUCAGCACGAGCCAUACAGAAGAAGAUCGAGCUGGGCAAAGCAUCCUAGCACCGCACAGACACCGGGCGCAUGACUGUGUCUGGAAACCUCUGUGUUUUAAAGAGAAGAUGCCACAGUGAAAGCCCCCAGACUGUUUCUUGUUGUGGCCACAGAGAAGUAUCCGUCGACACGGGCCCCUCUCACACAAGCACAGGACCUGUGACUAAGACACUGGCCGACCGUAUUUUGCAGGACCGUGCGAGCGUUCGCAUUAGCGGUGCACCGAUGCAACAGUUGUUUACCUCUGCAAAUCAAAGCUUUCUUUCUCAGAUUUUGGCCUUUAUUUGUCCUUUUAUGAAUCACCCGUUGGUCGAUUUGGAAAAUUGUAGUCUUACCUUGAAACCAGUGUUUUCCUGCCCGAGUUUGGCGGACCGAACCAGCAGUUUUAACAGUCUUUGAAUGAGUUUGGGUCUCUACAAAAGAAUCAGAAGCAGCAGCCUUUGUCCAACUGGAAAAGACGCAAGCGAACUGUCGUCAAGCACACGAACUCCGUACGGAAACACAGAGACUGCAGUCUGUACAGAUGUUUGUUUUUUUGUAAUUGCACCUUUAACUCUAAAUUCAGGGGCUGGGGUGUGUGUGCGUGCGUGCGUGUGUGUGCGUGUGUUUGCAGAUGGGUGUUUGUAUGAGAGAGUUCUCGUCAUGUUUUGUUGCCGGUUUAUCUUGUGCGUGUGUGUGUGUGCGUGUGGGGAAAAAUGUAUUUAUAUUUUGAUUGUUCAAAGCAGUUUUUAAAAUGAGAAAUAAAUGUAACACUAAACUUCA